GCGGCCGAGGCCGGGGUCAGGGUCAGCUGACGCGUGGGACUCGCACUGAGUGACGGUUAGCGGCGGCCGGCGGAGCGGCAGCGGGAGUGCCGGCGGCCUGGCGGGGCGGAAGGCGGGGUCUCGGCCCGGGGGACGCGCUAUGGCGACCACCGUCAGCACCCAGCGCGGCCCGGUAUAUGUUGGUGAGCUUCCUCAAGAUUUUCUUCGCAUUACCCCAACCCAGCAGCAGCAGCAAAUCCAACUGGAUGCCCAGGCAGCUCAGCAACUACAGUAUGGAGGACCAAUGGGUACAGUAGGCAGACUCAGUAUCACUGUAGUGCAGGCAAAGUUGGCAAAGAACUACGGAAUGACCCGAAUGGAUCCUUAUUGUCGAAUACGGCUGGGAUAUGCUGUGUAUGAGACUCCGACAGCGCAUAAUGGAGCCAAGAACCCUCGCUGGAACAAAGUUAUUCAGUGCACUGUUCCCCCUAGUGUGGACUCUUUUUAUCUAGAGAUAUUUGAUGAGCGGGCUUUUUCAAUGGAUGACCGCAUUGCCUGGACACAUAUUACAAUUCCCGAGUCUCUGAAACAAGGAAAUGUGGAGGAUGAGUGGUACAGCCUGAGUGGAAGGCAGGGUGAUGACAAGGAAGGAAUGAUUAAUCUGGUGAUGUCAUACACGUCUUUGCCAGCUGCCAUGAUGAUGCAGCCCCAGCCAGUGGUCCUGAUGCCCACUGUAUAUCAGCAAGGAGUUGGAUAUGUGCCAAUAGCAGGGAUGCCUGCAGUCUGUAAUCCAGGCAUGGUACCGGUGGCAAUACCACCUCCUGCGGUCAACCCUCAGCACCUGUGUAAUGAAGAGGACCUGAAAUCUAUCCAGGACAUGUUUCCCAACAUGGACAGGGAAGUAAUCCGUUCAGUGCUAGAAGCUCAGAGGGGAAACAAGGAUGCAGCUAUCAACUCCUUGCUUCAGAUGGCUGAAGAAUCAUAGAUCCUCACUUCCUACAUAGUCCCUGUCCUCGAUGCCACAAGUUUUUACUUGCCAAGCCAGGGAUUUAGCUAGAGGAAGAAUUUCCCAAAGCUUUCUGUUAGCGCAUCCUAUGUGAACGGUUUUACCCCUUUUGUCCUUGGACGUUUGAGUCUUUUUCACUUUCUUUCUCAAUCUGUCCACACUCAAUUUAGCUCACGUUCAACAAUAUAGCAUCGAAGCAUCUUUACUAUCAGCUGUGCCCUGUGUGGCUGUAUUCUGAUGGGGUGGGGAGUAAUGCUGCUUUUUUCUUUCCCCUUUUCAUAAACUUGUUCUUACAAAGUAACUCUAUGCAGUACAGGAAUUACUACUGUUUGUUAGAUUGAAAAAAAAAAAAAUCCAUGGAGAGUUUGCUCUUUAAACAUAACUGAUUUCUUGACAUAUUUUAGGUUUCAUCAAGCUGCCUCAUUUCUGCCAGAAAUUAAAAGAAAGACCCAUUCCUGUCCUGUGGUGUUUAGUUAUCGCUGUGAAUAUAUUCAGCUGUUUCUGACUGAAGAUUUUUAAUUUAGUAAGCUACAUUUCUUAGGUUGCACUGUUGGUAUUUAUAAUGAGCAUCUUCUAUUCCAUCUAGUCAUCAGGCACCAAUGCAAUAUACCAUCUGUCGUGCUUUUGAGGCUUUAUCCUCCCCUACAGUAUUGUUAUGUAUCUGUAAAAUCUGAACGGGUAACUUUUACUCAUACAGUGUAUAUUGCUUUAGCAGAGAACAGGACUGAGCGUUAACAUACUCCGACAUUAAUUGCACUCUUUACUACUUCUGCAUUCCCAUGGCUAUUUGAAAGGAUAAACGCAGAAGAAAGGUUUUUAUAUCUGGAAAGUUAUUGAAGAUGAAAACAGUUAUUUAAGGUGGUGUCUUACAUUAAAGAAGCAGAAAUUCAUGAUCUGGUUAUAAGACUUCUUUCUUUACACAUAUAUUUCAGCAAAAUUAUCGUCUUGUAUUAGAGUAACUACUAUUGUAAUUUCUCUUGUGAUCCAAAAUAAGAAGCAUUAAAAUAGCUUCAGAAUCUUUGAAUGGCAUUAUUAGUUGCUCAGUGACUUGUCAGACUACAGUUGCUGUAGUCAAUUUAUUAUUAUUUGAUGCAGAUGGAAAAAAAAUCAUGUGAGAAAAUUUAAACAUAUCUGAGUGACAGUCUGAACCUCGGAGAGGAGGUCGGAAGUUGCUUGUAUUUAAUAUUAGUGUUAUUUUUUCAGGUAACAGUUCAUUUUAGAGCUGCAGAAUCUUACAGUAUGCACCAGUUGGAAAAAAUUCUGCGAUGUCUGUUUUUGUAGAUGGCAAAGUAAAGCACUUUAAAUAGUAUGCACCAGUUUAUUUUUCCAGUGAUGUGCAAUGUUGCUGAUUUAUCUUUUUAAUGUUUUAUUUCAGAUACUUUCUGCAAUAGCCAUAGAGCUCUGUAUUUGCAAGAGUUGGAAUGAAUGUACAUUUGAAAUCUA